AUGGUUCGAGUUAAUAGUUUAAUAACUGAGACCCAAGAUGGUGUUAAGACUCCUCAUCGAAUUGAGUUGUGUGAUGAAAAAUUGGAUAGACCUGUACGAAACUACAGAAAGCGCAGGAUUGUCGCCACAUCACAUAUAAAGACUGAAAAUGAGGAAUUUUUGGAUGAGGCACCAUUAAAAAAAGUUAAUGUUAAAUCUAAGCCAUUAAAGAGUAGUAAUGGUAGCAUUAACAAUAUGACCAACGGCAACACUAUGAGGUCUCGUGCCUCAAAAACAACUUCUAAGGCAAAUGAAAGUCAUAAACUUACGGAGUACUUUAAAGAAGAACUCAAGAAUCAACCAAAAGUAGAGUCACCACCUUCUCUGUUAGCCAUCGACAAGCCUGCCAAAGUAGAAGCUAAAUCUGUUAAUGGACAUACAAAUCACAAACUAACAGAGUAUUUUCCGGUUAGGCGUAGUGUUAGAAAGACUUCAAAAUGUGUUAUGGCGGAAAAAAUGCGUGACCUAGAACGAGCUGUAAGAGAACAAAGAGAAGAUGGACUGCAGGUUGCGUACUUCGAGGGUAAAGGGCGCGGUGUAAUAGCAACGCGUCAUUUUGGGCGCGGGCAGUUUGUUGUGGAGUACGCGGGCGAGCUGGUGGGCGUGGCUGAGGCUAGAGAGCGAGAGCGACGCUACGCCCAGGACCCGGAAGCCGGCUGCUACAUGUACUACUUUAGGCAUGGCGAUCAACAGUAUUGCAUCGACGCGACUGCGGAGAGCGGGCGGCUGGGGCGGCUGGUGAACCACUCGCGUGCCGGCAACCUGGUGACCAAGGCGCUGUGGGUGGACGGGCCGCGCCUCGUGCUGCUGGCGGCGCACGACAUCGCGCCCGGCACCGAGCUCACCUACGACUACGGUGACCGCUCGCGUGACUCGCUGCGCCACCACCCCUGGCUCGCGCUCUGA